GUGGUGGGAUUUAUGUUGAUUUUUCUAGUUUCUAUGCCUGCCCAUUUGCUGAACUUAUUGUGAAAAUGAAUAGGACCCAUUAGGCGAAGUCCAGUAGCCCACACAAUCCCAAACCGCCAUGGCAGCUCGUUUCGCGAGAUUGAUCGGAGCUUUAUCGUCCUCCGCUACGCAUAAAUCGGCCGCGGGGAUUGAAACUGUUAGCCAUGGCGUAUUUAAGCCUAGAUGGUCAUCUUCUUCUUUUACUGAAGGUCAAUUUCCGAAGACUAAUAAGAAAAUGAAUGAUCGUCUUUCUGGUGUUAUCGAUGUGGUGAAUGACCGUAAGCUUCCGCCUGAACUUCGCGGACAACGUGACGCCGUUAGGUCAGAAACUGACAUUAUCAAUGUUGUUGAACAACGGAUAUGGCAUUCCAUGGAAGAAGGGCAAUUUGAGAACUUGCCAGGGAAAGGAAAGCCGUUGGACCUCAAUACUAAUCCUCAUGCUGAUCCAGCUGAAGAUACCUUGUAUAGGAUUCUCUCCAAAAAUAAAUGUGCACCUGAGUGGGUUGAAUUGAACAAAGAGAUAAGAACCAAAGUAGCUGAGUGGAGAUCAGCACUUAAAAAGGCAUGGAUGCACAGAGGCUCUGUUGAUGAUUCUAAAUGGAUCGAGGCAUCUGGGUCUCUAAAGCUCCAGAUUCAUGACAUUAAUAACAAGGUUUUCCGGUACAACCUUAUUGUGCCCUUUGGCCGCCAAAUUUUGGGACUCAAGUGGGAGAAGGAAAUGGACCGACUGAAAGAAGAAAGUACUGGAAGCUGAACAUUACAGUGCAGCGAUUGGAACAAAGACACAUUUGGCUGUGAAUUCCCAUGUGCACACAUAUAUCUACACAAACCAAUUGAUAGUUCAAGUCACAUACUCCCGUAAUCUAUUUUCUCGUUACUAAUUCCCUUCCAUCCCCCCAUUUAGUUGACAUGAAUAGUUGAGGGAAAUGUCCGUAUCCAUGUAUUGUUUUCAAUAACUCAUACUUGUAGCAAUGAAAUACUAUAUAUUCCUCCACCAAGUGAUAAAUGGUCAGUUACAAAUAUUUAGGACCAAGGUUUUGUUGUUGUUGUAGUUUAUCCCCUGAAAGUAGAAACUUCGAUAUAUUAAGCUAGUUAGUUUCUUGUA